GAUCAGGUUUUUAAUUGAACCUGACCUAUUUAUUAAAUAGGUAAAAAUUUAAAACCCAGAUACCUGGUGUAUAAUAAGCAACUCAGCCUGUUCAAUAAACAGGCCAUAUAAGAUUGGGAUCCACACUAAACCUAUUUAAUUGCCAAUAUGGGUAAAACGUUAAAAUUGAACCCGGCUAAAACAUAUCACACCUAGUUUAGAUGUGCAAUCAAAAUCACGUUAAUUUCGAUGAAUGAGUUGCAUGCCAUCUGAGUACAGUAUAUGGUCAGAUUAAUUUCAGCCAAAGGUCUCCGGUGCAACCAGCAGGAGAUCUGGUGAAAAUUACUGGGGGGAUUAAUGCUGCGGAAGAGCAAUUAAUUCUGUUUUGCACGGUGCAAACAUGGAUCUUGCAACCACCAAAUGCAUGGCCGGCCGGCCGGCCUACCUCCACGGUUUGCAACGCGCCCACCCAAGUAGUUGUGGAUGUGCGGCCGCGGGAUGUCACUCCGCCAACUCCUCUUCUAACCGUUUCCUCUCUGUUCCCGACGUCGCUCCCAGCCGCCCGUCCUACAGAUCAGUCGUUCGCUUGCUGUGGCCUCUCUCUGUUUAUAGCUUCUUCUUUUUUUUGCUAUUAUUUCUCUUUCAAAGACAUCCUCCUCUUCCAAGGCCGCCUCCACCUUUCCACCUUUCCAUCCCAUCUUGGAGAAGAUGGAAUCUGGCACGGCAGAUGCCACGAUUCUGAAGCCGCCGACUUACCAAGGCAUCUACAGCCCCGUGAACCUGAGCUACGAGGGGGACAUCUGCGACUGGAAGAGGCCUAUCAAAAUUGCCUCCGACGGCUUCCUCCUCAACGACUCGUCCCUCGAUUAUGCCUUUCCCGUCCUCCUCCUCCAGCUUCUGCUCAUCGCCGUCACCUCCCGCCUCGUCUACGCCCUCCUCCGCCCCCUCAAGCAGCCCCGCGUCGUCUGCGACAUCAUCGGCGGCAUACUCCUCGGGCCUUGCUUCCUUACUCGCAAUUUGGAGUUCAGGGCUCGGGUGUUCCCCUACAAGUCGUUCGGCCAGCUCCGCGCCCUGGCUUCCUACGGGCUCAUGUUCAAGCUCUUUGUGAUGAACGUGAAGAUGGACCCGUCCAUCAUCCUAAGGCCAGGGAAGAAGGCCCUCUCCAUCGGCCUCGUCAGCAUUCUCGUGCCCUUCGGCGUCCAGGUCGGCCUCUCCGAGCUGCUUAGAGACAACCACCGCAUCGACCCCAAGUUCGCCACCGGCCCCUUCCUCGCCUUCAUCGCCGUCAGCCUGAGCACCACCACCUACCCCGUCCUUGCCGACCUCCUGGACGAGCUCGGCCUCCUCAACACCGAGCUCGGCCGCCUCGCCAUGUCGUCGUCGUCCGUCAACAGCGCGGUGGGAUGGCUCUUCCUGGUCGUCUUCUCCGCCAUCAAGCUGUCCGGUGGGGAGUCGUUACAUGCGGCCCAGUCUCUGGCUACGUGUACCGUCCUCGUGCUCCUGGCCGUGUUCGUGUUCCGGCCCUGCAUGCGGUGGAUCGUCCGGAUGACCCCGCGGGGCGGGCGGGUCGGAGGCGGGGCCGUCAUGGCCAUACUGGCGGCGGUCGUGGUGUCGGGCUUGUUCAGCGACCUCGUCGGGGCGACGUUCAUCUUCGGGCCCAUCGUUCUGGGUCUCGCAGUGCCGGACGGGCCGCCCCUCGGGGCUCAGCUGGUGGAGAAGCUGGACAUGAUCGUGACGGAGAUGUUGAUGCCCAUGCUCUUCCUCUCGGGAGGUCUGAUCACAGACUUCUCGGGACUCGCAGACCAUGACGGCAUCCAGGUUGGGAGCUCGACCAUGUGGCUGUUCCUCGUCGCGCUCAUCGGGUUCGUCGCCAAGCUGGUGGCGACGCUGGUGCCGGCCAUGUACUACGACAUAUCACCACACAACGCCCUGCUGCUGGGCCUCAUCAUGAACUUCAGAGGAAUGAUAGAGAUGGUUAUUUUACUGAACUUCAGGUCUUUCAAGAUCCUUGAUAUCGGAAGCUACACGGUUCUGAUAUUCGCCAUCGUGUUGAUGACCGGGAUCGCCGUCCCGCUGGUGAAACGCUACUACGAUCCCCUGAGCGUGAACUACGUGGUGGGGCGGUGCAGCAUCGAGCAGCUGAAGCCCCACGCAGAGCUGCGCAUCCUGGCGUGCAUGCACGAGGAGGGGGCGGUGCCGGCCAUCAUCAGCCUUCUGGAUUCGUCGUGGGUGGAGGGGGCCAACCCGCUGUGCGUGUACGCGCUGCACUUGGUGGAGCAGCUGGGCAGCGCCAGCUCCAGCCUCGUCGCCCACAAGAACAGCAAGGACUUGGGCGACCCCAGCAAGAUGGGCCACCUCCUCAACGCGCUCCUCCACUACGAGCACUUCAAGAAGGGCCACGUCGUCGUGCAUCCCUUCACCGCCAUCGCCCCCUACAAGACCAUGCACCAGGACAUCUGCUCCCUCGCCUUGCACAAGAGCGCCGCCAUCAUCGUCCUGCCCUUCAUCAUCAACAUUAAGGACGCCGCCGACUCCGCCGCGGAUGCCGACCGAGCCAUCCGAUGCAUCGUCCCCAACGUCUUGUCCCAGGCUCCUUGCUCGGUGGGCAUCCUCAUCGGCAAAAGCGCGGAUCGCCCGGUGGUGCCGUCCCCUGGCCAUUUCCAGCGGCACAUCGGGGUGCUCUUCUGGGGCGGCCCCGACGACCGGGAGGCGCUCUCGUACGCCUCCCGCAUGCUCUACCGCAAGGGCGUCCAGCUCACCGUCAUCCGCUUCGUGCUGACGAACGACCACAAGGACAAAGAGGCCAUCGAGAAGCUCCAGUCUGACAACAUGAACAACGAGCACCUGAGGCUCCAGGAGGUGGUGGCCAAGGACAUGGAGCAGACCAUCUCGGCCAUCAGGUCCACUGAUAGCCAAUUCGACCUCGUCAUCGUGGGGCGGCGCCAGAGCUCGUCCUCUCUCCUGGUACAAGGGCUGGCGGAAUGGAGCGAGUUCCCUGAGCUCGGGGUGGUGGGAGACAUGCUUGCAUCCUCGGAUUUCCACAGCUUUUCCUCCGUCCUUGUCGUGCAAAAGCAUGAUGGUUCAAAAUAAAAGUUGAAGGCGCAGCAAGAACUCUAGGAGUUUUACGUGCAGCAGGCUAGUGUUUGAAAAAGAAAUAAUAAAAAAAAAAAAACUUCGACAACAAAGUUGAUGGAAUCACAAAUAAAACAAAAACAUUGAAAUACCUUUACGCUUCAAUGCCUCUCUAAAUUUCAGGUUGCUUGAGUGAGUUGUCACUGAUUUGAGUCACUCAUGCUUUGUUUUAUUUUCUUUCUGUUGA